CACAAAAAUAAAUAUAUCUAGGGUUCCCCUAUCCCACUCCUUUCUCCUCCUUUUCCUCCACAAAUGAUCAACUCCACCACCAUCACCACCGUUGGCGCCGCCGUCAAACGCCACAAAACUCACCACCACUGCCACGACUACGACGACGAUCAGUCCUUGAUCCCUGGACUUCCCGAUCAUAUAGCUCAAAUUUGUUUAAAUCUUGUACACCCUUUUACACUUUUUUCCGUUUGCCAUUCUUGGCGUAAGCUUAUUUAUUCUCCUUCUUUUCCACCAUAUUUAUCUAUAUAUGCUUUAUUAUUACCUUUACAAACUAUAACUGAAACAUCAAACUCAGCAAAUUUUGCAAACUCUAUAGAAUUUGCUUCUUUUGAUCCAAUCUCAUCAAAAUGGCAUCUUCUUCCACCACCACCACCGGACCCACCACUUAGACUCCUCGUUAAGCAUCCUUCGUUUAUUUCGAGAAAUCUACCGGUUCAAUCGGUAAGUGUUUCGGGAAAUUUAAUUCUCCUCGCUGCCACAGCGGAUCAUUUCUUGCCGGCGAUUUCUCGCCCGCUCAUUUUCAAUCCGCUGAAGAAACAAUGGAGCUACGGUCCUCCACUCGCCAAGCCACGUCGUUGGUGCGCUACAGGCGCAUUAAAUGAUGCGGUGUAUGUGGCGAGUGGAGUUGGGUCCCACUACAACCCCGAGAUAGCUCGCUCAGUUGUAAAGUGGAACCUUAAUGAAAGUAACAGAAGUGAACCCCAUUACUGUACAUGUAAAAGUGACAUUUACUGUAACAGAAAGGAGGAAAAAAAUGGGUGGAAAUGGAAGGAAAUGAGUAGGUUAAAAGAUGGGAAGUUCAGUAGGGAAGCAAUUGAUGCUAUUGGAUGGAAAGGAAAGUUAUGUAUGGUAAAUGUGAAAGGUGAUGCUGCUAAAGAAGGAAUAAUUUAUAAUGGGGGAAGUGACACGUGGCAAGAGAUGCCGGAGGGUAUGCUUAUGGGGUGGAGGGGUCCGGCAGCUGCGGUGGCGGAGGAGACAAUAUAUAUGGUGGAUGAAUCUAAGGGUGCAUUGAGGAAAUAUGAUGAAGAGAGGGAUAUUUGGGUGGAGAUAGUUGAAAAUGAGAGGCUGAAGGGUGCGGAAUAUGUAGCGGCGGGCGGUGGUAGAGUGUGCGUGGUUGGCGGCGGAGGGAAUGGAAUAACGGUGGUGGAUGUGGUGGAGGAGCCGCCGAGGGUGGUAGUGGUGGAAAGUCCGGUAGGGUUUCAGGUUUUGAAUAUACAUGUUUUACCUAGGAUGAGUCAAAUGGUUGAAUAUUCUGAGUCAAUAGAACAAGGUGAAUAUUGAGUAUAAUCUUUUGCUUUUAUUAUUUUUUUCGAAUUUGUAUAUUUCUUCUCCAAUAUAUGGAACGGUAUACGUAUUAAAGUA